GGUAGCUUUUCGUUUUCAAACAUAUGACAGUUUCGUAAAGUCAAAUGAUAUAAAAACGUAUUGAAAGUAUUAACAUCGCAUGUACAUUUAAAAAUUUAUAAUAAACAAAAAUGACAGCACGUUCAAUUUUACAAGUCUUUGAUCAGUACCAAAAGGCUCGUCUAUUCUUUGUUCAAUCCAUUGCUGAUUUUGCUUCAAAACCAAACACUAUAGAUUGUUUAGAAGCUGCGGGGGUUUUGGAUCUCUUAUGCCCUUUAUUAACAGAUCCUGUACCAUCUAUUCAGCAUACAGCUGCAGUUGCAUUAGGAAAACUUGCAAAUAAUAGUAUUAAAUUGGCACAAGCUGUUGUAAGAAUGGGUAUUUUACCUCAAUUAUUGAAGAAUAUUGAUAAACAAAAUAAAUUUUAUAAAAAAGCAGCCCUAUUUGUUUUACGUGCAAUUGCUAGACAUUCCCCAGAAUUGGCAUCUAUGGUGAUUCAGAGUAAUGGAUUGGAUACUAUAAUAAUUUGUUUAGAAGAUUUUGAUUCUGGUGUUAAGGAAGCUACUGCUUGGGCAUUAGGAUACAUUGCUAGGCAUAAUAAGACUUUGGCUCAAGCCAUAGUUGAUGCAGGAGCUGUUCCACUUUUAGUCUUGGCUUUACAAGAACCUGAAUUAUGUUUAAAACAAAUUAGUGCCUCUGCUUUAUUUGAUAUAAGCAAACAUAAUAUUGAUCUUGCAGAAACUGUGGUUGAUGCAGGAGCCAUUCCUUUUCUUGCAAAGGCAUUAUCUAAUCCUGAUACUAAGUUAAAGCGUCAAGUUCUCUUGGCAUUAAGCAGUAUAGCAAAACACUCUGUACACCUAGCAGAAUCUAUUAUUGAAGCUGAAAUUUUUCCUGAUGUUCUUGUACACAUGGCACAUCCUGAUGAAUGUGUUGUUAAAGCUGCUGCAAUGUUAACCAGAGAAAUUUGUAAACAUACAUUAGAGUUGGCCCAACUUAUAGUGAAUAUUGGUGGUAUUGGUGCACUUGUUGAAUUAAUUAGUACCUCAAAAUUAACUGUCAGAUUGCCAGCAAUAAUGGCAAUUGGAUAUAUUGCUGGACACUUAGAUCAGUUAGCUAUUGCAGUCAUAGGAUCCAAAGGAAUUGUUCACCUAUCUACUAUAUUAUAUGAAGAAAAUGACGACCAUACACUUGCUGUCACUGUAUGGGCAAUUGGGCAAAUUGGAAAGCAUACAUCGGAACAUGCAAAAGCAGUUGCAGUCGCAAACAUUCUUCCAAAGUUAUUACAGCUGUACAAUAAUCCAAAUAGCUCAGAAGAUCUCAAAGCAAAAUGUAAUACAGCAUUGAAACAAAUACUACAAAAAUGUAUGUAUAUUGAAGCUUUGGAAUCUUUGCUGCAUGAUUCACCACCUAAUAUUCUAAAAUAUGUACUUGGACAAUUUAGCAAGAUUUUGCCUCAUGAUCCCAGGGCAAGAAGAUUAUUUGUAACAUCCGGUGGUUUAAAGAAAGUACAAGAAAUUCAAGCAGAUCUUGGUUCAACACUUUUGGAAUAUAUACAAAUUAUAAAUUGCUGUUUUCCAGAUGAAAUUGUCAGAUAUUACUCUCCUGGAUAUCCAAACAGUCUUUUGGAAGCUGUAGAACAGUAUCAACCUAAAUGUCCUUCCCUAUUUGCAAUGGAAGAACACUUAUCUUCUGAUAUUGAUUCUAAAUCUUCGCUAUCAUCUUUCAAUGAAGAAGGUUAAAGUUUGAUUCAUCCCGAUUGUGGAAUCAGUAUAUUCUCUAAUCAUGUAUUAUGUGCAUUAGUUAAGAGGAAAUGAAGAUCGUUAUUUAAGAAAUAUUGCCAAAUAAAUCUUUUUCAAAAAGUUA